GAAGGCUGACUGAUUUAAUCCUCUCCAUGUCUCGCCGUAAGCAGGCCAACCCCAAAUCUCUGAAACGUAAAGCCAACGAGGAAAUAGAUGAACUGGUUGAAUUACUCCAUUUACCGUCAGAUGUCCUCACAAUCAAAGAAUCCAGCAAUGCGAGUGUUGCUUACACUGUUUUUACUAAAAUACCUCUAACUAAAGGAACCCUUUUUGGUCCUUUUAGGGGCCAGAUCUUCAGAGGAAAAAAUUCGACGUUUAAAACUACAAUAAUAGAGGCUAGAGAUGUCGAUGGAGAGAAGAUCUUCCUAAAUUUGAAUGAUGAAACCGGAAGUUGGCUCAGAUUGGUUAAACUUGCGACCUCACCUAAUGAGGCGAAUCUCAUCGUGUUUGUGGAAGGUAAUGAAAUAUGGUGUUCCAUCUAUUGCGAUACCGAUCAAGAAGAAGAGUUGAGUGUUUGGUACAGAAUCACAUCUCACAAGCAGCUAUCGAAAGCUGGGCUGUCGUAUCCUUUGGCGCCAUCUAUUGCUGGAAGAGAAUGUUAUACUUCUGUUUCGAGAUAUAAAAUUCCUUGCCUAGACGACGAAGAAGAUAAGGGCAAGGACUUUGUCGAAGAAUGUCAGGACCUUUCUCUGAAUACCUUUAAGAGCAGAAAACUUUCCUUGGCUUCUGUUAAUGGGGAUGUUUCUUCUGAACAAACGCCAGACCGAUUAUCCCCUGAACCCAGUGAACCUUUAACUGACAAUACAUCAAACAAUGACCCCAAGACUAGCAUUAAAACAGACAAAUCUCCUGACUUUUCAAAUAGUUCCAGCGAUGACCAUUCUUCAGACGGUCAUUUGAGACAUGGAGUGUCAUCUGGAACGUACAAUACGGACUCUGCUCUUUCCAAGCUCGCUCGUAGUCUACCUACCUCUCUGUCGAACAGGAGUUCUUUAAUCUGUCUUCCGUUGUUAUCCUCUCAUCUGUCCAUCACCGAAAACAUAAUCUCUUCAGGAGUAUCAAAUAGGACAUCAGGAUUUCUCUGUGGACCUUGUGGGAUUACAUUUAGUAGUCAAAGUACACUCGAAGCUCACUGUAAGUUUUACUGUUCGCACAGACAAGGUAACGGCCCUCUGGAAAGUGAAUCAGGCACAGCAGGAAACUCACGUAAAGAAGAUAACUCCCGAACGUUACUAAAUGGGCCCGUUGAAGACCAGGAGAAGACUCAUGACAAUCAAUUAGCCACUAAAAGAAGUUUGGAAGAUACAGAAAAUUCUGAAAUAAAGAGUUCCUCGGGAAGAUCCAAAGAUUGUAAGGUAGAUCCCAAAACCGUUCGCGCAUACAAAUGUCAGCAUUGCAAGUAUUCUACCGACAAAAAAGGUGGUUUAGCACGACACAUGCGCAUGCACAGUUUACUCCCACAAUCCUUUCCUUCUACGUCAAGAAAUUCAAUUAGAAAUGAGGAGCUUCUGUUGUCGUCUCCACCAAUCGCUAGAUAUUGCUCCGAAUGUGAGAUACAGUUCUCCUCUUUCAGGACGUUCUUGGUUCACAAGCUUCAUUAUUGUAACACAAGACAAGUUCAGAAGGCUUUGGUGUCCCCUAGUUCAACUUCUAGUCCAUCAACUCCCAUCUCUUCAUUGUGUCCUAAUAAACAAGAAAAUGUCGGCUCUUUAUCUUUAGAACCUCCUACUCCGUGUUCUAGUACGUCAACUCAAGAUGGAAUGCUUAAUCAGCCAUUUUACGCUGCUAUUUCCACAAAUCCUUUAAUUUUAGUUCCUUACACCUAUGUAUCUGAAGCUGGACUAAUUCCAACUGCAAGAAUAGUUUCAGAAAGUGAUGUUAUUUUUCCAAGUGAGAUGACUGUAGAUCGAAUUUCGCCUACUGAGAACGUCUUAAACUCUACACUCCCUUCUGCAGAAGAUAACUUCUCAGAAGGCAUGAAAACUAAUUCUGCUCUAGAAAAGACUAAGAGCGCUUCACUGUCUCCCAGUCGCAAUGACACAGAAGACGACUCCACUAUCGACAGUUCUUUGAAUGGUGAACACGAAGAACAACCCUUGGAUCUGACUGUAAAGAAUACGAAGAAAAAAAUGUGGGUUUCUAACGCUAAAGAUCCAAACACUCUGUCUCUUUCUGAACCAGCUCAACCAGUUACCGAUGAUGUAACUUUAGUUCCUCUAGAAGCAUCAGGACCUACAAUCCAAACACCUAUAGACAUUGCUAACAGUUCUCCCUCUAGUGGUCAAUCACUUUUAGCUUUACCUUCUCUUUGUGAUGUAACCUUACCACAUAAAUCAAUGUUACCAAAUGAAGUCGCACUGACAGCAGUCCCGCCCAAUCUAGUCAAGAUGAGAACCAAUGAGUGUAGAGAGUGUAAUAUCGUGUUUUAUAAAUAUGAAAAUUAUAUCGCACACAAACAGCAUUAUUGUGCAACAAGACAGCAGAAACUUUAUAUGAACCAAAGCAUUGCACCGUUUAGAAAAGAUACUAGUGCGACGCCUCUUUCUGAAAACGAUAAGGCAUUAUCUAAGACUCCAUCUUUAUUACCCACUUCAGUUCUUCCGACUCUACCUUCUAUUCCCAGCAAUGUCACUGACAUUGGUUGUGUUUCUACUUCAUCGCCCACUUUUACACAGUCCACUUAUCAGUUUUUUUGCCUCCCCUGUGGCAUAAAAUUUACCUCGCUGAAUAAUCUACAAGCUCACCAGACUUAUUAUUGCCCCAAACGAGACUACUGUAUUCAAAGUCAAGAGAUACCAGUAGGGCCCGUUGCCAUGGCUCUGGAAUUCAAGUGCCCGAAAUGUAAGACCUCAUUUCCGAAUGAAAGCUCUCUAAAAAACCAUUCCUGUGUGGCCCAAAGAAAAUGCCCGUAUUGUAACGUAUUUUGCCCUACCCUGAGCGCUGCUCAACGACAUUUAGUAACUCACACUGGAGUGAGAGCUUUUCGGUGUACUGUAUGUGGCUACAAAGGGCAUACCUUACGUGGGAUGAGGACACACAUUCGGAUUCAUCUGGAUAAGGGGAAUCCAACCCCGGAAGAAGCAUUUAUUGUCUGUAUUGGAGAAGAUGGGACGACCGUUAGUCCAGAGUUGGCUGGGAAAGUCACAAAAUCUACUACAGCAAGAUUGCAAAGCCCUUCCCCUUCGACAAGUGCCCGAGUGUCGCCUGUUUAUAGUGUCUCGUCCCCAAACAAUAGGUCCACAGGUCACUUAAAAAAUGAAGGGUCAUCCCCGGAAAUAAGUCGUCUGAGUGGACUAGAUGGUGUAGUAUUUAAUGAUCAACUCCACUGGUGUAGUCUAUGUGGGUACUCUUCUUCCUAUAAAGGGAAUGUUGUUCGUCACGUUAAGCUUGUCCAUCGAGAGAUAGUGGGACUUCAGUUAGCAAACAGUGUGGUCGUCAGCAGCUCGGUCCUGUCGGAUGACAGUCUUAAGCAGUUUUUGACAAUCGGGUCGUCAACAAUACCGAUAGAUCGGUCAAAACACGAAGAAGGUUCUAAUGAACUAAGUCUCCUCGACAAACCUUUACCUUUAGAAAGUUCGGUAACAGUAAAACACGAAUCACAUGUAAGCGGCAGUGAAAUUAGUGAUAGAGAAGAAACCAAAGAGGACGACAAAGAACUGGAAGGUCAAACUUCGUCGAAACUAAAAAAGUGUUCGUCAAGUGAGCUAAUAAAAAAAGUGGGUCCCAAGUAUUGUAGGUCUUGUGACAUAUCAUUUAAUUACUUACCAAGUUUCAUCGCUCACAAAAAGUACUACUGUUUCUCCCAUGUUAGGGAAAACAUUUCACAGCAGUCAUGAUAUCCAGCGCAGUAUGUUGUUUUUUUUUUUCUUUCUCCUACACGUGUCUUUAUGUUGAUUUACGUUUCAAAAUAACUUAAAUAAAUAAUUUAGGAAACUAAAGGAAUAUGCGAAGGAGAUUAUUGUUGAUGGUUUGUAGUUUUUAUUAUUUUUGUAUUUUGUUGUACAGUAAGCUGUUUGUGACGACGUGCCUUUGUACGAGAUUGUGAUAUCAAAAUGGUUGACGAGCGAGAGUCAUUGUACGUAUUAAACUUAUAUUUAUCAUUUGACAGUUUGGAACAUUAUCGUAAAUUUGAAAAAAAAAACAAAAAAACUUUUAAUUCCAUGGAUGGAUCUUAGAGAUAUUUCCUUUUUAUGGUAAAUAACGUAUUAUCAGGUGUUUCUUUUCAACAUAAUUUAGUGUCAUCAUGGCGAAUUGAAAGGACACUUUUAUGGAAGAAGGAAUAGUGGUUUUGAACAUCUGUCUCCUUUCCAUGCUAACGAUCUGUGGAAUAACUACUAAUGCAAGUGCAAAUUAGGUAGAUAUACGGUUCAAUGUGAAAUGCUAGUCAGUCAGAAAUCUGGAAUCUUGAUACUAAAAUAUACACACACACACAGAGACUCUAAACUCAGCCUUUCAUUUGUGUAGCUGGAAGAAUAACUUCUGUGUGUUAUGCAUUACGCCAAAAACUAGUUCUACAUACUUAAGUAGAACUGCGCAUGUCCUCGAGAAAAUCAAAACAAAAGUCAGCUUCAGGAUCUUAAAUAUCAUAUACUGUUUGUUUCUGUAAUAAAAGUUUUAUGGAUUUAGGUUAUUAAAGCCAUCUAUUAUUUCGU